AUGACAUUUUUCACAGAGCCCACCAUUCCCCCAUCACCAACAUCAUCAAACCGUACCUCUUGUUUGUGCCAGAGUGAAUUGUACGCUCACCCUGCUCCGCACAUCUCUCCCCACACUGCCCCCUAUGGGAGCACCGGCAGCUCGGACGCCCCGCUGGCCUGCCGGUACCUCGUCCUGGCCCUGUCGUCCUACAUCAGCGUCUACUGA